GAUUCGUUUCUGGGAGAAAGCAAAAUCAUCUCCCCUCUCAACCACCCAUCGCCACCCAUCGUCAACCAUGACAAAAAAGAAGAAGAGGCAAAAUCCCGAAGCUGAGGACCUCCUCGCCCGGCCAUGGUGCUACUACUGCGAACGCGACUUUGACGACUUGAAAAUACUUAUCGCGCAUCAAAAGGCAAAGCAUUACAAGUGCGAACGAUGUGGGCGACGGUUGAAUACAGCUGGCGGUAUCUAAUACAACCCCCUUCCCCCUAUACUAUUUUUAUCCUCUAAGUGCCUAGCUAAUGUGGAGGAAGGAUUGCGCGUCCACAUGGAGCAAGUGCACAAGGAGCAACUCGAGGCCGUUGAUAAUGCGUUACCAGGUCGGGAAUCAAUAGACCUGGAGAUAUUCGGGACAGAGGGGAUACCGGAGAGUGAGGUGAAUGCGCACAACCAGAGGAUACUAGCUGCCGUGGCGCAGAGGGAAGCUGAUCGCCGCGCGGCGAGUGGGCAAUCCGGGAAUGCGCCCAAGAGGCCGAAGGUCGAUAUUAGUAAGGAUUUGGACCCGGAAAAUAUUAAGAAGAAAUUGGAGGCGCAUAAGAAGGCUAUGGCUGCUGCGGCUGCAGGCGGUGGGGUUGCAGGCUCUGGGCCGGGGUGUGUGAGCCCGGCCUCCGCAGUGGCGGGUGGGAGAAGUGCGAGUCCGGGACAGGUGGGCGGGUUUGAGCAGCAGCAGCAGCAGCAGCCGGUGGCGGCUGCUGGAUUUGUAUGUUGUCUCCCUACUCUUCGUAGUGGUGGUUGAGUUGGUGGUAGUUAACUUGGUUGUACAGCAAAAUCCGGCUCCGGCCCCUUUCCAACAGGGUGCGUAUCCAUCCCCGCAGGCACUACCUACAUACCCUACCGCACCAGUUUAUCCCCCGCAGAACCAGACAGCUUACCCAGCACCUUAUCAUCAACAACCAUUCCAGCAGCCCCCGACAUCCUUUGGUCGUGGAGCUCCCGUUCCACCUGGCCCAGGAUACAGUAGCUUCCAGCCUUCGGGCUCUCCCCAUACUGCACACCCUCCUUUCGGUUCAAAUGGUGGUCCUGGGUAUAGCCCAAAUCCACACAAUCAAUUCCAACCCCAACAGGGACCACAACCUCAACAUAUCCCUCGCGCUCCGCCUUCCCUCCCUCAGCCUCACCAAAUCCCAGGUCUUCCGCCACGGCCUAACGCGCCCGGACUCCCGCCCCGACCCAAUUUCGGCGGUGCACCCAUGAACAAUCCCGGGUUUGGCCGCGGGGGUGGAAGUUGGAACCAACAGCAGCAACAGGGACAAGGUCAAAUGUAUCCCCAGGCUGGCGGAGCUAACGCUGGUUUCGCCGCAACAGGGGGUUACCAACCGGCCGGCCCCAUUCAGCAACCAUUUAACCAACCACCGUAUCAGCAGCAGCAGCAGCAGCAGCACGCGGACCGCGGUUACCAGCCACACGGCACCAACGGCCACGGACACGCCCACGGUAGAAGCGGGAAUCCCACUGCCGACGAAAAGAAGCCCGCGCUGGAAACUACCCAGAGUGGGCUUCCCGACGCCCAAUCGACUGAAAAGAAAAAUCAUGAGAGGGAGAAACCCAAGAGGGAGACUAAAAUGGUGUACGCGGAUAAUGAGAUUAGCCCUGUGAGUUUUUCCACCCGCAAUUUCUUCUCUCCUUUUACAAGUACUAUGGCUGACGUGAGAAUUUGGCACCCUAGGAGGAGAGGAGAGCAAUGCUACCGAGGUACGAGUAUCAUCCUCCCAAGACGGUUGAGGUUUCGAAUUAGUUAGUUGCGUGAGCACCUUACCUUACCCUACCGGCGGGAAAUUGGGUUUGAGAGAAAAUGAGAGUGUGGAGGCCGGUGGCUUAUUUUCGACAUAUCGUUCUUGGUAUCUUAUUCGGCGUUCAUAUAUUUUUCCCUGCUUCUUCCACCUACCUUUAUGUCCUGCAGCCCCGGAACACAGGCCCGCGAGAAACAAUUUUUCUUUUUUUAAAAAAAAUCCUUGUUCAUUUCAUCGUAUCAGACAUCAUUCGUUACCACGCUGCACCUAUCUAUCUACCGACGAGACGAGACGAGACGAGACCGAACCGAAUAAGCAACGAAAAGAAACGCAAAUGCAAAAAAACCAAUGGCGGUCAGUCGUAGUCUUUCUUAAGUGUUGCCAUGUCUUGUUUUUUAUGUCGCUUGGUCUGGUUUGUUUUUAGUUUCUUUCUUUUUUUUCUUUUUUCUGCGCGCGCCAUAUCAUACUUUCCUCCUCACACACACAUAUACGGCCGGACGGGGCGGGUGAAUGCUCGCGAACCGACACUCAAUAAAUCACAUCGAGCUGGAUCGGAUUCGGGGAAAAUGAGAUCGUGAGAGUGAGUCACGGCACGAUAGGUUAGUCAUGAAACCAAGACCAGAGAGAGGCCUAUGCGAUGGCGGAUUAUCUACUACGACUAGAGACAGGCACACAGUGUAUCAUUUGGCAGCCGGUGGCAAUGACAACUACCGAAGUCAACGUCGAGAGAACUUCUGGAAACCAAUUUACGACAAGACGAAAUCGUUUCUAAUCUAAUUUCCAAUGAUGCUGAACAGGGGAUGUUUAGAGGGCGGGUGCAUGGAGGGAAUUACGAAAAAAAACGCGUAUCACCUGGUUAGUUCUCGCUGUUGAUGUUUACUUUUUCUUCCCUUAUUCCCUUCCUUUAUUCUAUCUAGGCCAAAGUAGUCUGUAUUGUACGCUUUCGUAGCUUAGUUUGUUUGUCCAAUUUCCAGCUGCUUUUCUACUUGCGCUUGCGCAUCCGGUUGCUGUUUCUUGUUUCCAAGUCGAAAAGGAGUUUCCAAUCGGCCUGUUGGUGGCCUGUCGGGAUGAGCUUGGGGGCAGUUAGAUAUGAUAUUCCCUACAUCUUUUCCUACUUAGUCUUGCGCCUAUUGCCCGUUGUGACUGUUGUACCCCCGCUCCCGUGGGUUGCCGGUCGUAUAUUAUGGUUCUGUAAUUAAAGUUGUUUAAACGUAUCAUAUC